GCCGCAGCUGGAACCCGCCAGAACCCAAACCGCUCCGCACCUGACUCCAAAACCGGGACUUCACUUUCUCCUCACAAGUUGUCCAAAAGUUUUCGGAGCGCAGAUGGCCGCUCUCAUCAGCGCCUACUCGUCCUGGCCCGAGUCCUUCGAGUGUCCCUCCAGAGAUGGGGACCUGGUGGAGGGUCCGGGGCCGCACCGCAGCUCCGUGGACAAGCCGCCGGAGCCGCGCAUCAGGCGGCCCAUGAACGCCUUCAUGGUCUGGGCCAAAGACGAGAGGAAACGACUCGCCGUCCAGAACCCGGACCUUCACAACGCCGAACUCAGCAAGAUGCUCGGGAAGUCCUGGAAGGCCCUGACCCCCCCUCAGAAGAGACCAUACGUGGAGGAGGCCGAGCGGCUGAGGGUGCAGCACAUGCAGGACUACCCCAACUACAAGUAUCGCCCUCGCCGGAAGAAGCAGCUGAAGCGCAUCUGUAAGCGCGUGGACCCUGGCUUCCUCCUGGGCGGCCUGACCCCGGACCAGAACGGAAUGUCGGACCGCGCUUUUAGUCACCCCCUGGACAAGGACGAGAGCGGCCCAGGCGAAGGCUUCUCCAACCCCAGCCCGGCUCUUCCCGGCGUCAGAAGCUUCCGAGACCCCCCGACUUCCAGCAGCAGCUUCGACACGUACCCGUACGGCCUGCCCACCCCGCCGGAGAUGUCCCCCUUAGACGCCGUGGACCACGAGCACGUCCCCCCCUCUUAUUACUCCGGAAGCUCCUGCUCGUCCUCCGCUUCCUGUCCCGAUGAGCACCACCAGACUCACAUGGGGAGCCCGCCCCCGUAUCACUUGGACUACUCUCAGACCCAAAUCCACUGCAGUGGUCCUCAGCUGGGGCACAUCUCUCACAUGUCCGGGGGGACAAAUGGACUUCACCCCAGCAACUCACUGUCCUACUACAGCGCCCAGUCUUUCCCACAGAUUCACCACGGUGUCCACCAGGGGCACCUGGGUCAGCUCUCGCCGCCGCCCGAGUCCCAGGCUCACCUUGAGACCCUGGACCAGCUGAGUCAGGCGGAGCUGCUGGCCGAGGUGGACCGCAACGAGUUCGACCAGUACUUAAACUCCACUAGUGGAGGAUUCCACCAGGAGCAGAGCGGCGGCGUGACCGUCUCCGGACACAUCCAGGUGUCGUCCACCUGUCCCAGCAGCAGCACAGAGACAAGUCUGAUCUCAGUGCUAGCGGAUGCCACGGCGGCGUACUACAACAACUAUGGCAUCUCGUAAGAGCACCGACUCUUUGAAACCAUCAUUCCGGGAUGGGACUAGCACCAGAGGUGGACGCCUCAGGGACACAUCUACCACCUCCGGUCGUCAUGACGCCCGUAAACAACCAGAACAAAGACUCCAUUGUCCCCUUGUAAAUGUGGCCGCUGUACAGACGCUCAGUAGAAACGAAAUCCCAUAAAGUAUAACGCUAUAGCUCCGACGUUUGUAUCCUUCCUCCGUUCGGAUCGGGAGUCUUUUACCUCAGUAGAAGCCGCUCGAUGAGGUUCUGUAUUAUGUUGAGAAAUUUAUAUUGCUUAUCAAAUAAUAUUUAAUCAUGAGAAAUAAUAAGUGUAUGCUGAUUGUGACAAUAAUAAUUUAAAAUAAAGUUUUGGAAGAAAUGUCAAUGCUGAACACAAACAGGAGGAAUUAGUGGUUUGUCGAUUGGGGGUUUGGAUCUUUUAAAACAGAGGGUUGGUUGCGGUUAGAAAUAAUAGAUAUGAAAAUAAAUAAGUAUUUAUUUAAAGCCGCUACGAUUGAACCUAAAUAUAUGACACUUUACCCGAAGAAUAUUCACUUGUUUUUAUACGAUACACCCACAAACUAGACUGGUUUUCACUUCAUGUUUUACUGGCUUUUGCUGACUUUUUACUAUUCUUCGGCAAUAUUUUUAGUGUUUCCAAGAAAGAGUU